AAAGAGUCAAGUAGAAAUGACAAGCACGAUGACGAGCAGUAAUUCAAGAGAGCAAGGGAGCGUGAAGCCCUGAAGCAAGUUUGAAGUUUGCGUGACAACAACAGGUUCCUAACCUAACUACAUUUUGAAUUUCUGGUUUUCAAAAUUUAUUUCUAUAAUUCCAUUUGAAUCAUUUACUAAUAACAGCGAUUAUGACUGGAGGAACAUCUUUUUCAGUGGAACCAAAACAUUUUCUUCAAAGUGGGAUUUUCAAUCAAACGCUGAGAGACUGGCAUGGACUGAACUAUGAAAUUUCAGCUAAAAAUUUAAUGUAUCCUGUUUUCAUAGUGGAAGACGACAAUGCUGUUCAACCAAUAAGUAGUAUGCCAGGAAUUUCUAGAUUUGGUAUUAACAAAUUGAAGGAACAUCUUCAAAUAGCAGUUGAAAAUGGACUGAGUUCUGUCUUGUUGUUUGGAGUAAUAGACAGUCUGACUAAAGAUGACAAUGCAUCCAAUGCUGACAGUAAAAUGAAUCCGGUGAUCAGAGCCCUACCUAAACUGAGAACUUGGUUUCCAAAUUUGACAAUUGCUUGUGACGUAUGCUUAUGUCCCUAUAGCUCACAUGGACACUGUGGAAUACUGCGACAGGAUGGAACAAUUGAGAAUAGUGCAAGUUUAGAGAGGAUUUCCGAUGUGGCUCUAGCUUAUGCUAUGGCAGGUGCCCAUAUAAUUGCCCCAUCGGAUAUGAUGGAUGGGAGAAUUGGUGCAAUAAAGGCUAAAUUAAUAAAGAAUGAUCUUGGAAACAAAGUAGCAGUUCUUUCUUAUGCUGCCAAGUUCGCUUCAAAUUUCUAUGGCCCAUUCAGGGACGCGGGCAAAUCGAAGCCGGCUUUCGGCGACCGCAAACGCUACCAGUUGCCGCCCGCAGGCGCCGGUCUGGCCCUCAGGGCCGCCCAAAGGGACGUCGACGAGGGGGCGGACAUGCUGAUGGUGAAGCCCGGCACGGCCUACGCGGACGUGCUGCGGCGCAUCAAGGACGCGCACCCCGACCGGCCGAUGUUCGUGUACCAGGUGUCGGGCGAGUACGCGAUGAUCCUGGCGGGGGCCAAAGCGGGGGCUUUCAAGCUGAGGCCGGUGCUGAUGGAGAUGUUGGGGGGUUUGAGGAGGGCAGGUGCUGACGUCAUAAUUACUUACUUUACUCCACUGAUACUAGAAUGGCUGAAACCUAAAAAUAAACUCUAAUUUAGAAUCACAUAAUUUGUUAAUGUGUUGAAAUAGUGGGUACAAUUUUAUUUUUUUGUUAAUAUACAUGGUUGUUGAUUUUUCAUCGUUUAA